AUGGCUGACACCCAGGCUCCGGUGCCAGCAUCAGCACCACCACCACCACCACCACCACACACUACCCUUCAAGCAGUCGAGCCGCAUCCGCAUCCGCAUCCGCCUCUGAACCUCAUUCCCGUCGGCCUGAAAGAAGCCGCCCUCGACUCGCCCACCUUUCGAGCGACCGCACUCCACUUCGCAGACAACAUCGACUCCGUGGAGAGAUGGCUGGACGGAUACGUCAAAGCCGCUUCACGAUUGCUGUCGGAGCUGGCCUCUCUCGAAGCAGCCGUGAACUCCUUCCUCACCCACUCCACCCCUCCAGCACACAUCAGCGAGGCAGUCCUUGAUCAUGAUUACACGCUUCUGGCCAUGCGGAGAUAUGGAGAGGGCGCACGAGACUUUUGGCAGGCCACCCUCCGCAGCACGAAACGAUCCGAUCCAGUCGUCAUUGAUCCCAUCAAGAGCUGGCUGAACAGCGAUUUGCGAAGCUUCAAGAAUGCGAGGCGAGACAUGGAGAAUGCACAGAAGGCCUUUGACAGUGUCAUCACACGCUAUCUGGGUCAAAGCAAGGCCAAGGAAGCUUCGUCCUUGCGAGAGGACGCCUUCCAGCUGCAUGAAGCACGGAAGCUGUAUCUGCGAUCGAGCAUGGACUUCUGCGUGCAAGCCCCUCAAGUCCGAGCAUCCUUAGACAAGCUUCUCGUGAAAGUAUUCGCAGACCAGUGGAAAGAAAUGAGACAAGCACGAGACUCGUCUGCUGCGACAUUGGCCAAAUGGAGCAGUGACAUCGACCGCGUUCGUGGCUGGAGCAGAGAGAUGGAGAACUCCGAAAGAGCCUUUAAGCGCGAGCUUCUGACGGCGAGAAAGCAGAUUGAGGAAAGUGCCGAGGCCAAGAUGCGGCCCUCGCGAGAGCUCGAGGACUACGCUGCAUCGACUGUGCCUUACUUGGGCACGGGCGCCUCGUCAGCGACAGGUGCGAACAAGUCUAAGGACGGGAAAGCCGAGAAACAAGGAUGGCUGUUGCUGAAGACGAUCACCGGUAAGCCUGCGAGGACUGUGUGGUCGCGCCGCUGGUUCUUUGUCAAACACGGCAUCUUUGGCUGGUUGGUCCAAGGCACACGAUCUGGUGGAGUCGAAGAGAGCGAACGCACGGGUGUCUUACUCUGCAGUGUCCGCCCUGCUUUCCAGGAAGAACGACGCUUCUGCUUCGAAGUGAAGACCAAGAGUCAAAGCAUCAUUCUGCAAGCAGAAACCCAGCAAGAACUCACACAAUGGAUCAGCGCCUUCGAAGUUGCAAAGCGAAAGGCGCUUGAGCACCCCGCAAGCACCGAGACAUCGCCUUCAGCCCCGGGAGUCGAUCCAGCGUUUGCCAUCAGUCCUCCUGUGGCGCCCGAGUUUGCUGCCAAAGUUGGCGAAGGCGGCCAUAUUUCUACGGGCAGCGAAGAGAUCGGCCUGGUGCCUCCAGAACGAGAAGCUACCGGUCUUGGGCUUGUCACCCGCGCCAGCCCUGAUGUCAACCCGGCCCGGCGUGUCAUGAGCCUCAAUGUCGACUCCGAACCGAACUUGCGCGAAGGCCCACGUGAUCACGCUGCUCGCAUCAUUUCCAAGCUGGACUUGCACAAGCGACCCCCUGCGAGUCCACCACUGACCUCUUCGCCGGCACCCGCCGGAGGUAUUGCGAGCCUGAUAUCAGCAAGCCACAAUAUCCUCCCUGUCGGCCCAGGAACGCCCGGACCAGCCACAGACGCUCCCAAGCGACAACUGCCCAUGCCGACGAGCACCCUUGCGCCAUCAACGCUAGCCAACCCGCCCGCUCCCACGAAUCUCAGUCACACUGCUGUAGUCGUGAGUGGCGAGCGUGGCAUUGGUCUUGCACGCUCCGAUGGUUCUGGUAUGCCUUCGGGCAUCCUUGCCAACCUCUGGGGUAGCAGCAAUUGGGGAUACGUCAAUCGGCUUGGAGACGCUCCACCACCACCACCCAAAUGGCCGAGCUCGCAGCCAAGCAGUCCGCCAUUACGUGCCCUGCGUGCCCUGUCUGUGUCUCAGGACGAUUCAAUCAUCAUGGAUGGUAUGGACGAGCCGCCGAAACUGUCGCUCAAUCCGCUUUCUCCAGACAUUGCGCCAUCUGCAGCACACAAGAAGAACCAGAGCAUCGGGACUGAGUUACCUGCCGCAGUGCUGACCUCAGUCAAAGAAGAACCCACUGCCACCGAAGACUAUCCAGCCUUCUAUCCUUUGCCGCUCAAAGCGCAAGAUGCGCAAUUUCGUAUGUUGUUCCCGACGGUCGCAAAGGACGAGAAAGUGGUUCUUGUCUUCCGGGCCACUUGGAAUCCGAAUGAGCAGCAAGAAUUCCCUGGCCGAGUCUAUGUGACUGCGCGAGAGAUCUACUUCUUUUCGAAUCAUCUUGGCCUGGUGCUCAUUACCAGCGUCAGUCUUGCAUCGCUGUCUGAGGUUACAGCAGCGCCUGGUCGCGAUUGCGAUUUCCUAUACCUGCAUCUAAAGGAGAACAUACUCCGCCCCGAUGAUGCACGUAGGGUGACAGUCAAGCUUUUCCUCGAGCCUCUGAAGCUGCUGCAGCGCAGACUCAAUUAUCUAGCCCACAAUGCCGACAAGGAGCAGCCUGCUGGACUAGAAGAAAUCAUCAAGGCGUUGAUCAGGAUGGAGACGGAAGAGCCUCGCCGAAGCUCUAGUGUCGAGAGUUGGGAAGACGUCGCUUACGAGACUGAUGGAGCUGCUGCUGACCAGACCACGCCGCAACGCCGUCGUGAGAGAAAUAUCAAGGCCAGUCUGCGCAUUGAUGGCAACCUCUACGGUGAGACACCGAAGACCGGGCGAGAGAUCCAGAAGUUCAAGCUACCCGCACAGCCUGUCGUCUAUGCACCUCAAGGUAUGCAGGAAAGCAUCACGAGGGAAUUCACCGUCUCAGCCAAAGCACUGUUUCACGUCAUGUUUGGCGAUAAGAGCGCCGUCUUCCAACUGCUUUACUGCAACCGCUGGGCCGACACAAUAGUGCAGACUCCUUGGACGAAGCCAGAGAAAGGGCAUUGGACACGAAAAUUUGCCAGCCAGAAUCAUAAAACGCCGCUGGCCGACAGCCAGACCAUCGAUAUCUUCAACGACCAUCUCUGCUAUGUCGUGACCAAUCACAAAUACCCGUGGCGGCUACCGUACUCCGACUCUUUCUCGCUUACCACCAAGUUUGUUAUCACGCACACGGCAAAGUCGCGAUCGAAACUGGCUGUCUUCCAGAAGCUGAGUUGGCACAAAGCACCGCCAAUAUCAUACCUCAAAGACCUGAUCGAAAGGCAAGCAUACAAUACUCUCGAAGCUGAUGCCCUGGACCUGUCCAACGUGGCCAUGGAUCAAGUCGCAAAGCUCGGCACUCACAGCAAGACCAACAAGGCGGUCGAGAUCUUCGGAAGCAUCGGCCAGCAAACGCAAGCAGCACAGAUGGACAGCAGUCAAGUACCGGACGGAGCAGUACCUCCGAUGAGCGUUGUGCCCACCCGGCCGGUCAGCGUUUUCCGCCUGGUGUCAAGUGAUCUCGCUGUACGUGCUAUCGGCGCGUUGAGUGUCGUUUUCGAUGCCAUCGUCGCCAUCGGCAAAGGGGCAAUCAACCUCUGCACAGCUCACACCCUGCUGGUCAUUGUCUUCAUCAUUUCUGCGCUGUACAAUAGCUGGCAUGGAUACAGAGACGGACUGGUGUGGUAUCAUGACAAGAAAGCAGCACGUUACAUGGCAAGGCUAGGCGUGACUCCGGAACCUAUGAUGGCCAAGGCCGUCUACCUCAGUGACUUGGAAGAGCUGGUAGCUCCGAAAGCUGGAAAUGACUCCAUGUCCGCGUUGAUCACAUCAACAGUGGACAGACGGCGCAAGACAUGUCGCAGCACUUUCAGCGAGCAAUUGACUACCUCAAUCUCUACAGCGGUAUCUCAGAAUCCAACGAGUGCUCGACUCCGGCGCUCCCGCGAUUCUCUCGCUCGAUAUCGGCACGACCUCAUGGUCGCCCUCCGAGUCGUCAAUCGUGUCGAGCGAGAUGUCAUACUUGCAGAGUGGGAAGAUUGGGUACGGUCCGAGGACAAAAAGUGUCAGAAGAUCAACGAAAUGAUGCGUCACGUGAAAGAAAAGUCAGGAAAGGACAGCAAGAAACAGGACCAGGCGGAGGUAGAGCGUGAGCUUGGCGAAGAUUUUGCGGACUACUGUAAGAGCUGCAGAACAGAGGUAUCAGAACUCGAGAGCGGGAGCAGGUUGAUAUGAUGCAUAUGACUGGACGUUGGAAUUCAUAGAGAUACCUUUCAUGUCGAUUUGUAGAUAUGCUUGUGACGAAUCAAGUUGCACGACAUC